GCGAUUAUGUAAUAAUGUGACUUUGUAUACAAUUUUUGCGACAAAUGGUUCCAUUUUUGGACACAGAUAAAGGUUUAGGGUGCAAAAAGAUAAAGGCAGAUUUUGUUUCUCAUAAAAGCGAAUUGGAAAUGAGUUUUGUAUUUGAAGACCAGGUUUCUUUUAUCUCCAACAAUAUACAGUUAUAUACUCUUGCUAGUGUCGCCCAUUUGGUAGACUAUUUCAACUCACUUGAAGACUUCCGCAGCCAACUUCUAGUCACGCAGAGACCGUUGGGUAACCUCCCCAGGAAAAAGACUAGCGAAGAUUCAGCAGUGGAAACCCUCAUGGCACAGUUUGUUCCUCAAGAAUUCCCAAGCGGCAGCAUCGAGUUGCUGGAGGAUGAAGAUAGGGGGAUUUCGCCGGUUACUGCGAAGAAACCGAAGCUAAUAACAAUGUUUGUCAAAAAACUCUUUCCUCAAGUCAAAAAAGAACAAGAGACACAAGUGAUUGCUAAUGAGGUUGAGAUUGAAACCAAAGAUAUUUUCCCGAAAGCGGAGUUUUUCAAUUUUUCCAGCAUAAGAACUCUAAAAAUGUUUGGUUCUGAUAACGAAACUAAAGAGCUCGAUGAGAAGCAGCAGGUGGAUUAUGAUUUCUCUGCUGCCAAAGCUUUCAAAGAUUGCUUGUCGAAAGAAGAAGCUAUCCCACAAUCCAACUCUAUUUUCACCCGUUUUGCAACUUUCUCUAAAACUAAAACGACUGUGCCUUGUGAUGAAGCAGCGAUUCCAGCCGCCUCAAGUAGAAAGUUCUCUCGCAUGUUUGAAGUCAACACUAAAAAGAAGGAAAGUGAUUACUUGAAUAACCGGGUGUUUUCCCCCAACACUCACAGCCCAAGUUACGGAGAUAUUCCUUUGAUUCAAGACGUGGAAGAUGGGAAGCAAAGAAGGUUUUGGAAUAAUAUCAUGAGAAGGGCCUUGCCGAACAUUACGCCUUUCACAGCCAAUAGUGGAGUUCCUCCGGACUCGAGUGUUUGUUAUAGUGGGUGUAGUUCGUUACCUAAGAAGAUAAAUUCACCUUACUUGAAAAAAGCUCGGAGAUCUCGAUCAUUAUCACGCAUUUUCCACUACAAAUUUGACAAAAUUAGUAAAAACUCAGAUAGCAUCCAAGAUGACCCCAUUACAUUGAAAAGAUCUGCCAGUGACACCGUUUUAUCGGAGUCUCUUCUGUCAAACCCUGCUAACAGAAGCCUGGGCAGAGACCGACUGCUAAGUUUGCACGUCAGAUUUUCGUCUCCCAGAAAUCGGUUGGAUCAAAUAAACCUUCAAUACGACGAUUUAGCAGAGCUUACAAAUGACAAUUCCAAUUUCAACUUUGAUCCAAUUCAAAAAUCCACUGGUAUCGAUGGUUUCAUCAAUGUCGUCAACUCAAAGGAUGAGGAUGGAUUAUUCUUACCAAGCCAGCUUACGUAAAAUAUAAUAUAAAACUCGAAUAUACAAAUAUACAACUAGAUAUACAACUAGAUAUACAACUAGAU